UUAAUCGAUAAAAAGAGUGUUUAAAAAACGCGCAGACUCUUUGGGACAGGUUUUGUUGGAGGUUUUGUUUUUUUUAUUGGAAACGCACCGAAUUAGCAUGGAAAUACACGAUACAGAAAAUGCUAAUAGCUAAGGCCUGGUGUGCUAACAACAACAACGACGACGACGUCGAGUUCAUCAAGGAACUGAGACAUGCAGCAGCUGUCGUUUUGUAAAGAAGAAGAUUUCCUUGGGCAGCAGGAAUGCAGUCUAAGUGACAUUAAAGAAGAGCAAGGGAAUCCCUGGUUUAAUCAAGAGGAACAGCAACUUCACUGGCUGAAGGAUGGUACUAUCACUAAGUUUCCUACGAAGACUGAAAAUGAUGAAGAAAAGCCACAGUUAUUACAGGUUCAUCACGGCCAAAUGGAUGAGAGCCCUAAGGCGAAACCUCCAUGUGCCACCUCAGCUGAUCACAGAGGACUGGCAGCAGAAACUGAUGGGGAGGACUAUGAAGGACAACCACCUAGCAACUCAGGUUUACGACCAGAUGCUGAUGAUAAGAACUCAGAAACGGAGAGUGAUGACAGUUUUGAAUGGUAUCCCACACAAAACCUUCGUUCUCGUUCAUGCCGUUUGAAAGACAGUGGUUCCUCUGUUAGCAAUAACAGGUGUAAUGUUGCUCAAGUAAAUAAAAAAUCAUUUAGCUGCUCUGAGUGCGGCAAAAGCUUUGGACAAAUGAGCUAUUUGAAUAUACACAUGAGAAUUCAUACAGGAGAGAAAUCAUUUGUCUGCUCUCAGUGUGGGCAAAGAUUUGGAAGAAAGGAUUUUCACAACAUACACAUGAGAAUUCAUACAGGAGAACAACCUUUUGGCUGUUGUGAGUGUGGUAAAAGCUUUCGUGAAAAGAGUAACCUCAAUAAGCACAUGAAAAUUCAUGUAGGAGAGAAAUCAUUUAGGUGUUCUGAAUGUGGUAAAACAUUUGGAUUUAAGAGCUGUUUGAGCCAACAUAUGAGAAUUCAUACAGGGGAGAAACCAUUUGUCUGUUCUGAGUGUGGUAGAACGUUUCGACAAAAGAACUAUCUCACCAUACACAUGAGAACUCAUUCAGGAGAGAAACCAUUUGGCUGCUUUGAGUGUGGCAAAAGAUUUGGUAGAAAAGAAACACUGAAUAUUCACAAUAGAAUGCACAGUGGAGUGAAACCAUUCAGCUGUUCUGACUGUGGCAGAAGAUUUGGAACAAGGGAAUCACUCAACAUACACAUGAGAAUUCACAGAGGAGAGAAACCAUUUAGCUGUCAUGUGUGUGGCAGAGGAUUUCGCCAAAAAAGCAAUCUUAACAUGCACUUAAGAAUUCAUUCAGGAGAGAAACCUUUUGUCUGUUCUGAGUGUGACAAAGGAUUUCGACAAAAGAGCUCCCUUGCCAUACACAUGAGAAUGCAUUCAGGAGAAAAGCCAUUUGGCUGUUUGGAGUGUGGCAAAGAUUUUAGACACAAGGGCAAUCUUACUAUACACAUGAGAAGGCAUUCAGGGGUGAAACCUUUUCGCUGUUCUGAGUGUGGCAAAGGAUUUCAACACAUGGGCAAUCUGGCCAUCCACAUGAGAAGACAUUCAGGAGAGAAACCAUUUACCUGUUUGGAGUGUGACAGAAGAUUUCAACAAAAGUCCCAUCUUAACAGACAUAUGAGUAUCCAUUCAAGAGAGGAAUCAUUUAACUGUUCUGAUUGUGGUAAAGCAUUUGGAUCAAAGAGCUAUCUGGACAUACACAGAAGGAUUCAUGCCAGAGAGAAAUCAUUUAGUUGUUCUGAAUGUGGCAAAAUAUUUGGAUUAAAGAGCUAUCUGAACAAACACAUGAGAAUUCAUACAGAAGAAAAGCUGUAUGACUGUUCUGUGUGUCAUAAAAGAUUUCGAGAAAAGGGAAAUCUUUAUAAACACAUCAGAAUUCACAGAGGAGAUAAACCAUUUAAUUGUUUCGAGUGUGGCAAAAGAUUUGCACAAAAAUGCCAUCUCAACAGACACAUGAUAAUUCAUUCAGGGGAGAAGUCAUUUGGCUGUUCCGAGUGUGGUAAAACAUUUGGAAUAAAGGAAUCUCUGAAUACGCAUAUGAGAAUUCACACCGGAGAAAAACCAUUUCGCUGUUGUGAUUGUGGGAGAAGAUUUAAUCAGAUUAACACUUUGAAAAUACACAUGCGACAACAUUCAGGAGAGAAACCAUUUGGCUGUUCUGAGUGCGGCAAAAGAUUUUAUCAGCAGAGCAAUUUUAACAUACACAUGAGAAUUCAUUCAGGGGAGAAACCCUUUAGCUGUUCUGAAUGUUGCAAAACAUUUAGACAAAAGUGUCAUCUUAACAAACACAUGAGAAGUCAUUCAGAAGAGAAACCAGUUGUUUCUUAAACCUGAAACUAUAUUAUGAAACUAAAAUGUGCAACUUCACUCGAGUCCUCAAUGUGUGAUUUGUUGUUUGUAGAGUGGAACAAAGGCUGUCCAACCCUGUGUGUACAUAUUUAAAUACAAAAUGGGAUGUUUGGAUUUUUAUUUGUUAGGAGUGUCCCAAGUGUCCCAGGUUUUUUGUGCUUGUGCCUGAUCAGUAUUAUUAUCAGUAUUAACCCUCUUGAGUUUAAGGGCUUUUUCUCAAUUUUACUGUAUCUUAAGUAAUUCCUCUUUUAAAGUACUUGCAUAUUGUAUAAUGCCCAUGUAUGGCAUAUCAGAAAUGUCCAGAACAAUCUCAGCUUUCUGAAUGUAAGACUUAUAUUUGUCUGGAACACUGUGUAAAAUAUAUAAUUUCACCCUAACACUGAAAAUAUAAACUGUGUUUUGAGAACUUCAUCAUAUCUUUUGUAAA